GCAUCUUUUAUGAAGCGCAUGUUAACAUUGCCACGUAUCUAUGAAUCUCAACCAACACCCGUUGCUUCUUCUCCAAAUGCUAAAAUAACUUGCCAUUCAAUAUUCGAUCAUCAAAUAAAACCAAUAAGAAUUUUUACUAUCACUUCCCUUAAUAAUGACCAUAGCCAUUACCAAUUCCUAUAACCAAAUUUCCAAAACAUCAUCGUCAUCAUCAUCAUCAUCAUCUUUCGUGAAGAUUGAUUCAUCUCUUGCAUAGGCACAAGCUUCAAAUAAUAAUCAAUAAGCUCUAUGGCGACAAGAACGGUUAAAGUGAGCAACAUCUCUUCAGGCGCAAGAGAGCAAGAUUUGAAGGAAUUUCUGACAUAUCCUGGAAAAAUAGAACAUAUAGAAAUGAAGAGUGAGAAUAAUUCCAAAGUUGCAUAUGUUACCUUCAAUAGUUCAGAUGGAGCAGAAACUGCAGUUCUUCUAUCGGGAGCUGUGUUGGUUGGACAAGCUAUAACCAUAGUUUUGGCUACAGAUUAUGUUGCACCUGCCUCGGCUGCAUCUACAAUCCCAACUGCAACAGGAACCACAAAUGCAGAUGCUGUGACUUCUGAAUCUGGUUUGUUAACAGCCGAGGAUGUCGUGAGUAGCAUGCUGGCCAAGGGCUACAUUUUGGGCCAAGACGUAUUAAACCGCGCAAAGUCAUUCGAUGAGAGGCACCAGCUUACUUCUACUGCCUCGUCGAAAGUUGCUACAUUGGACCAGAAGGUUGGUAUCAGUGAAAAAAUCACUGCUGGCUCGAUGCUGGUGAAUGAUAAGGUCAAGGAAAUGGAUGAGAGGUAUCAAGUAUCCGAGAAGGCUAAGUCUGCCAUGUCAGCGGCAGAGCAGUCGCUGAGCACUGCCGGAUCAACUCUCAUGAAGAACCGUUAUGUGUUAACCGGGACAACAUGGGUGACUGGUGCAUAUAGCAAGGUUGCUAAGGCUGCUGAGGAAGUGGGACAGAAAACUAUGGAGAAGGUUUUAGCACAAGAAAAUCAAGAAAACAGUACAGAAGUCAAUAAAGAUGUUCACAACAGCACAACCACCACCACCACCACCACCAUGCCUGAACCUCAACAUGUUGCCAACACAGCUGUUCAACCUCCUAGAAAUGAACCACCACAACAGGCAACAACAGCCAAUCACCCUUCUAACCCUUCCACAACUCAAGGCUUGAACCCCUGAUUUGUAGAUAUUUCAGUGUAUACAUUUUGGAAUUGGGGUUAUACUAUAUAGUACCAACACAUUAAAGGAUUUAAUGAUAUAACUUGUAUGGUAUGGGUAGCCUUUAACAUGUAAGAGUAAUAAUAGUAACAGUAACACAGGAAUAAUUCCUGGGUUUGCAUUUUGAUUAGUCAAAUGUAUGCUUAGUGUUGUUGCAUGUCUGAAUAAAGCUUUAUAGCUCUUCUUUAAACAA